CAUCCCAUUUUUCAUUUUCUCUUAAGCUACAAACAUAAAUAUAUGCAUCCAACUAUAUACUGAUCACCAAAACCAAAACCAAAACCAAUACAUUACUCAUCAUCAAAUAAUUAGCACUUUAAUAAUUAAAUGGCCAUCAACUCCAUGGAUCCUGAUGUAAUACCACUUGACCUUCCUGGCUUUCGGUUUCAUCCCACUGAAGAGGAGCUUUUAGAUUUUUAUCUCAAGAAUAUGGUGUCUGGGAAAAUGAGUUUUGACAUAAUUGGCUCUCUCAAUAUCUAUCUCUUUGAUCCUUGGGUCUUGCCCGAAAAGGCGAAGCUUGGAGAAAGAGAAUGGUAUUUUUUUGUGCCAAGAGAUAGAAAGCAUGGAAGUGGUGGAAGGCCUAACCGGACCACUGAAAGAGGGUUUUGGAAAGCAACGGGUUCUGACCGUCGGAUUGUGAGUUUAUCAGAGCCCAAAAGGGUGAUUGGUUUAAGAAAAACUCUUGUUUUUUACAAGGGCAGAGCUCCUAGAGGAACCAAGACUGAUUGGGUCAUGAAUGAGUAUCGUUUGCCUGAUAACUGCAAACUCUCUAAGGACAUAGUUUUGUGCAAAGUAUAUAGGAAGGCCACUUCAUUGAAAGUACUAGAACAGAGGGUACAAAUGGAAGAAGAGAAAAACUUUCAGAAUGAGCAUAAUUCUCCAGCCUCUCCAAUGGACACCUUUUCGUUUUGUAGCCCACAUGAAGAGCUAAUCCAAUUCCAACCACCAUUAAUGGCCGCAAAUGACUUGGUGUUGAAGAAAGAAGUAGAAGAAGUUGUAGGAUCAGCAACAGCAGUAGUAGAUAAUUAUAAUGCCUCCUUUACCACUGCAUCUUUGCAAGUACCAUAUGGUUACAAGCUGGACAAGUUGCCUGAGUUACAAGUUCCAAAAUUGAGCCUGGAUUGGACCCAAGAACAGUUUUGGACACAGUUGAAUAGUCCUUGGCUUCAAAACAUGACCCCAUUAGCCAAUAUUCUGAAUUUGUAAGGACUAAACUGCAAAAAUUGGUGGUUCUUUAGAAUGAUGAAGAAGGAAAAAAAAACUAAAAUAACCCAAUAGCUGUAAAUAAAUUACUUCUCUCUUGGAACUUUCUAACCGGGCGUUGGAAGAAAAGUGAGUGGCUAUUACCUAUUAUAUGACUUGGUCUUAUAUAUUGUUAUUUAAGUAUAAUUUGAAGGCUAUAGUUUAAGUACAGCUCAUUAUUAAUUUUAAAUCUCUUGUUCGUUUGAUUUCAUGCUGUGCUUUCUAAGAGGGUAAUUAUAUCCACCAUAAAUUAAUUAAAGGUGGUAUGAAAACCUUCGUAGAGCAAGGAUUUUUUUUUUGUCAUUCAAAAUGCAAAUUAAUUAGUACAGAAAAUUAUGCCCUUAUCUAUUA